AGCCGGAGAGUUCUCGUAAUUCCUUCGCCAUAGUCGGGACCGAGCCUCCUACAAAAUAUCAGUUGACGAAGAAAGGAUUGGCACAUUGUCUGAAAGAGAUGGCCGAUGAAGAUGCUAACCCGUUCGCAAGCCCUUCUGAGGUGAAUCCGUUUGCUGAUCCUUCUGUGAAGUCAGCGACCGGAGGACCUUCAAAAAAUCUAGGUGAUUACAACCCAUUUGCUGAGCAAGCUUCCAGACCACAAACAACCACAGCCCAAACUCCGCCGGCUUCAACAGCAGCCUACAUACAGCCUGCAACAAUUGAACCUACUAAAGCUGAGGCACCUCCAUCUUAUACUCCCUAUUCUAUACAGAGUCAAAGUGAUCAAGAGGCCAUUCGACGUCGACAGGAGGAACUAGAAAGGAAAGAUGCUGAGCUAACAAAAAAAGAAAACGAGUUAAGGGUGCUGCAACAGCAAGUGAUUCGAGAGAACAAUUUUCCACCUCUACCAAAGAAGUUUUGCCCAAAUCCAUGUUUCUAUCACGAUAUUAGUGUUGACAUACCAAUUGAAUUCCAAAAGACCUGCAGAAUGGUCUUCUAUGUGUGGCAAUUAUAUAGCUUCGCGCUGCUAUACAAUUGCAUUUGCUCACUGGCUUUACUGAUUGUUGGUGGAGACAAUGGAGCUGAAACAUUUGGCGUUUCACUGCUGUAUUUAGUCCUCUUUGUGCCUUGUUCUUUUAUUUUCUGGUAUAGAGCGCUCUACAAGGCAUUCAAGAAUGACAGCUCAUUCAACUACAUGCUAUUUUUCUUUGUGUUCUUCUUCCAAAUUCUAUGUUCAAUUCUCUAUGCUCUUGGUAUACCUGCAUUUGGCACAUGUGGAUGGAUUAAUGCUGGCAAGACUUUUGACAAGUCUAACAAGGGAAUUGCAGCCAUGAUGUUUGUUAGUGGGGCACUGUUUACUGUUCUAGCCAUCUUGAAAAUCAUUCUUCUGAAGAAAAUCCACAGCAUCUAUCGAACAACAGGAGCAAGUUUAGAGAAAGCACAGGGUGAAUUUGCCCGUGGUGUUAUGACUAACAAAGAUGUGCAGAAUGCAGCUGCGGAAGCGGCCAAGACUGGCAUUCAGGCACAAGCAGCCAGAUACUAGACGGUCCGCCUUCAGAAUGACUCGAGACGAACAUCAUUAUUAGCAUUAAGAUUGACUUAAAGGAAAUACACCCAUAAGCAAUCAAUGUUCUGAACAUAUGAACAGAAAGCUUAUAUGUGUUUAGUUAGCUUUGGCCACAUUUCAAUGGGUUCUGGUUGAGUAUUUGAUAAUUGAUUGGUUCUUUGAGAGGUUAUUUGAUAAUUGAUUACUUGUUCAUUGUUAAAUAUUUAAAUAAUUUUGUACUUUAAAGAUGCUGCUAUAGCAGAACCUUGUGUUUGUUGCAUUAAGAAAAACCAAAUUGUAGUUUUUGCUGCAGGAAUUUUUCAAAAUAUUCACCAAGGUUUCAAUUUAGGCCUGUUGUUGCCCCACCCUAUUGUAAAUUAAGUAACAUGUCACAUUAUGGGUGGAUUUCUUACUACACGCCAGCUAUGAUUUUGCAUUCUGUGUUUGCCUAGGUAGAUGAUUUAUGUCAUUUCGAAAAAAUUUGAAGAAAAACUUG